GGUGCCUCCAACAUUGCAGCGAUCAACAAAUUAAAAAAUGAAACAAAGCAAAAAUACCUACGAAAUGGACAAGAAAUCAAAGAAGACUUUUUCGAAGUGGGCGAUAUAAAAAUAUAUCAUAUUUUUGAUCCACCACAUCUGAUAAAAGGGGUCAGAAAUAAUUUAAUCUCUAAAAAUUUAAAAUUCAAUAUGAAGGGCAAGGAAUGCAUCGCAAAAUGGGACCACAUUGUGGCCUUGUACAAUAGAGCCCCUGGGUAUAAAGGCGUCAGGCUGGUGCCAAAAUUAACAGCCCAACACGUGUUGCCGGACAAAAUCCCGAAGAUGAGGGUAAAACACUGCACCCAAGUAUUCAGCAAGUCUGUUGGAGUAGCUAUUGGAUUCAUGGCAGAAUCGGGGGCAACUGACAAAGAUUGCUUGGACACAGCAGAUUUGCUGAUGUUAUUCGACGACCUUUUUGACAGUGUCAAUGGCAGUUACAGCCAAGUGAGGGAAGGAAAAAUCUAUAGGUCUGCAGUAACUCCAACCUCACCUCACCACAAAUUGUGGAACGAAAGUUUGCCUAUUCUAAAAUCAAUGAAAUUUAUAAAUGGAUAUAAUCAAGGAGUAGUGCCUUCCUUAUCUAGCUGGGUCAAAACUAUAGAGGGGUUUAAAGCAGUUGCCAAACAUUUAAGCUCUAAAGGUAUAAAUUCACUAUUGCUGCGCAACUUUAAUCAGGAUGCUUUGGAGAAUUUUUUUGGGGCAAUUAGAGCUCAUGGUUGUAGCAAUAUUAUGCCUACUUCAUCUGCAUUUGAAGCAGCUUACAAAACAUUGUUAGUUAAUAAUAUUUCAUCUUCACAUUCAGUUGGUUCAAACUGUGAAAAAGACGACAGUGUAUGUUUGCAAUCAUUAAAACAUUUUUUAAUGAAACCUGUCGACAACAUGAUAUCAGCUGAAUGUGAAGAUGAAAUUAAUAAUGAUCAUUUAUGUAUAGAGUAUAUAAAUACAGAUAAAUUAAUAAUGAGCAAAACUCCCGAACAUGUUGAGAGAAGCGCAGCAAUAGGAUAUUGUAGUGGAUGGAUAGCACGACUUGCAAAAAAAAAUUUAUAUAAAAACUGCGGCAUUUGCACAGUUAAUAUGGAAGAAAAGGAAUUACAAACUUUCCACAAAUUUAUUAAAAUGAAAGAAUAUGAGGGUAAAAACUGGUUGUGCUAUCCUACAAGAGCAUUGUUUGAUUUUUUUGCCCAAGUAGAACAUAUUUGUAUAGAAAUUCUCAAAGAAAAUGCAAAUAAAAAAAAUUUAUUAAAUUAUAUAAAGCUGAUAGUCAGUGUGAACAUUUGUACUAACACCUUUUUAACUUGCACAAGACACAAGGAGGCAUUGUGUGAGUACAUUAUAAAUAAAAGUACAAUGUUCUUUAUCCAUGCUUGGUGCAAAGAAAUCAACAAUAUUCUCACUGGCAAAGUUACCUUUUGGGAUAAUAAUGACCCUAUGAAAGUUAAAGCAAACAGGCACUACUUGAAAAAUAAAGGAAGGAAGAGGAAAAGGCAAAAUGAUAUCACAUUAAAUGUAUAAUUUUGUUGAUUAUUUGCAAUAAAUUAUUUAAAAAUA